GUUCUUGGCAGAAAACCCUGAGCUUUGGUUUGGCUGCGUGGGGAGGACCAGCCCCUCUGGCGUCAUCUUACCAUUCCACACGAUCUUCACUUUCCAUGUUGUGCCAUGGAAAACUGUUGCAAGGAAUCACGCUGAUCAGCUAUAGGCUGACCUCAAGGAAUGCAGUCCAACAAACUCUCAGAUGAUGUGGAGGGAAAUCCUGACAGGGUGGAUCCCUUCUACCACCAAGGCAAAGUGGCUUGUGUCAUGUUCACCGUUCUCCUUCUGUUUUCAUUCUUGGUAAUAGGAAUCGUAACAGGUCUCAACUUCAAGAAGCAUUCACAAGAGGAUCAGACCAGAGGUCUUCUUUCAGAUGAUGUUACACCUAUCCCAUUUCAGUACAAAGGUGACAAAGGGCUCUGCUCGGAUGGUUGGGUUUCAAAUAAGAACAGCUGUUAUUUGAUAACGAGUGUUUAUGGGACUUGGGAUUUAUCAGAGUCUUUAUGCAACAGACAUGGGGCACACUUGAUGGUCGUAAACAAUGAGGAGGAGCUGGAGUUCAUUUCAAGGGUUGUUCAGAAGAGGACUGACUACUGGAUAGGUCUCAAAAGGGACAAAACGGGCCAGUGGUUCUGGGUUAAUGGAGAUAAUUACCAUUCAACUCCACAUUUCUGGGAUGAAAAUCAACCUGCUCAUUGGGACAUGGAGUCCUGCGUCCACUUAAAAGGAUCUGACACAGCGCGUCGAAAGCUGAUGCAUGAUGCUGACUGUCACAGUGAACGGUAUCACAUUUGUGAACGCAAACUAGAGAAAGGCAUGUGGAGAACAGCCAUCAGGACACUGACUGCAACCGAGAAGGGAGAGCUAACAGAAACAGUCACUUUAAACAACAUGGAAUCUAUAUCAUAUGACCGGUUUACCUCACCUGAGGCAGAAAUUAAUCACACUGGGCAAAAAUAUUUUUUUGAAUCAGGUAGACAGAACAGAAAGAUGUACAUACUGUAUGGCAUUCUCGUACUCUAUGUGUUUAUACUGACGCUGGCUGUAGGAAUUAAAAUCUCUCAGGUCAGCCAAGAUGUUUCUAAUGUUAGACUUUCUCUGGAGACCCUCAAGGCACCAAAAACUGUGCCAUUGGAAAAUGCUCAUUUCUCUGAACGUGUGAUGCCAGUGCAAGGUCCCUGUCAGGAAAACUGGGUGUUUUAUAAAGACUCGUGCUACUUUCAUUCUGCAUCAAAGAAGAACUGGCAAAAUGCUGAGAAAAACUGUGUGGAGAAAGGAUCACAUUUAGUGGUUGUCAAUAACUUGGCUGAGCUUGACUUCCUGUCUUCCAUCUUGAAGCUGUCUGACAGCUACUGGAUGGGGCUUGUUGAGAAAGAAGAGGGAAAAUGGACCUGGGUAGAUGGAACAGACUUUAAGUCUACUGAACCCCUCUGGGAUAUAGGUCAACCCGAUGACUGGGAUUUCCGUGUAAAUGGUGAGGAUUGUGGGCAGCUUCACGCUCGGGUAACGGUGGGCAGUCGGAGGCUGUGGAAUGAUGCGGACUGUACGCUUUCUUACCCUUACAUCUGUGAGGGUAAACCCAAGCGCCACUGACAAACAUCAACUAACCUCCAGCACUGCAAAAAUCUGUGUCGUUUUUUGUCUCUUUUUUCCAGUAAAAAAUAUCUGAACUUCCUUAAAACAAGAUUUAUUUAUAUGAUAACAAAAUUGAAGAUUUUAUCAGAGGAUAUUCCUUAAAUUUGAAGUUGAAUUGAUUUUUUUUUUUCUAAGUUUAAGCACAAAGCAGAACAUUUAAGUUAGAUUUAUGCUUAAGAAUUUAUUAGUGGAGUAAGACAAAAAAAUAACAUUACUUCAAGAUAAAGUCUCUCAAUAUUAAUAAGUAAGGACAUUUUGCUUCUCAGGACAAUUUAAGGAUGUUUAGAUGUUUUUAGUAGAAUUUUUUUUACAGUGUGUACUGCAUAAAAUAUUGUUUCAAAACUGAAUGUGAUUGACUAGUUUCCAUACAGGAUUACGACAAUUUCUUUUUUUUAAAUACUUGUUUUAAACACUUAAAGUAUGCCUGUUUAAUUUAUAAAAGGUUAUAUUACAGUUCUGUCAAUAAUUGCAUAUAAAUGUACUAUAAAUUAUCUACUGAAUCUUUUUUUUUUUUAAUUAAUUGAGAACUGCACAUUUAAUUGAGAAAUGCAAAUAGAUUGCAUUAUUUAAUAAAGAAUAUACAAGUUUAAAUAAUUAGCUAAUUGUUUUUAUUUGUUUUAAGCACAAACUGCCAAUUGGAAGAAAAUGCAUUUGAAAAACUUCAUUCUUCAAAAAUAUAUCCUCUGAAAUCCAAGUCCUAAUAUCUAAUACUUAAUUUCCAACUUAGACAUCUUUACUGGAAAAAAGACUAAAGCGUAUUUGUAAAAAAUUGUAAGAAUUUUAAUCGCAUAAAUUUGCAUAUACCAUUAAAGAAUCUGUCUGCUCUGAAUUAAAUAUCAAUUGGCAUAAACAAAAAUAAACUGUUACAAGAUA